CGGUGUGAGCACUGCACAUCUCCGGAUCCCAACAACACCGUCUGCCUCUGGCGAGACCUCGUCCAUCCUCCGUCGUGAUGAAGCUCUCGGUUCUCAUCAUCGUCUGCGUCUGCGUGGCCGCCGUCGUGGCCAACAAGGACGCGACAACUCAGUCACGCAGGAAGCCCAAGAAGAUGCCCCAGACCCUGUCCAGAGGCUGGGCGGAUGAGGCGGAAUGGGUGCAGACCUACAGCGAAGGGCUCUACAGAGCCAAGAAAGAGGGGAAGCCACUGAUGGUCAUUCACCACCUGGAAGAGUGUCCCUACAGCCAAGGACUCAAGAAAGCUUUUGCUGAGAAUGCUGAGGCUCAAAAGAUGGCAGAUAAAGAUUUCAUCAUUCUUAACCUCGUGUUCGAGACCCACGACAAACAUCUGGCUCCUGAUGGCUACUACGUCCCAAGGAUCAUGUUCGUGGAUCCUUCCCUGACUGUGAGAGCUGACAUCGCCGGAAAGUACUCGGACAAGCUGUACACGUACCAGCCAGAAGACCUGAACUUGCUGGUGGCCAACAUGAAGAAGGCAAAGAUUUUGCUGCACACGGAGUUUUGAAGACAGCAGCUGUGCACGCAUCCAUCUACUGCGCACGCAUCCAUCCACUGUGCCUGCCAUGGCAUCAGGAAAUGGCAUCUUCAGAAUCGAGCCCCACACUCUUCCAGGAGUUAGGCCGUAUACGACCUGCAACAUUUUAUAGGGCACGUGGCCACACGAGGCCUACCACUUCACACUGCCUAGUAAACUGCGCAUUAAUCAGAGAAAAACCCAUUUUCCAACCGACGACACUGCGUAUAUAAUUGUAUCACUUAAGUCAAUUCUGACGUGGCCGCGUUGUGUAUUAAAUGUGUGGAUUGACAAAGGUAUUUGAAAGUGCUGUUCAACCCUCGGUAAGAAACGGGUUCAACACCCCUGCUCGACUUCCAACAUGGCCCUCACGUGGACGCACAUUCCCUCGGUUUUAUUAGUGAUCAAACUGCUGUUGUUUGCUCAGUUCUGCCCAUCGCUCGUGAAGCCGUGGACUCCAUUCGCUGUAUAAGUGCCGCCAUAAGCACGUUCAUGCCAUAUUGGUGUUUGCGUUUACACACACAAUAAACCUUGUUCAAACGUC